UACUUCAACGCAUCGUUCGAAAGAUCUAUUUGAUAUUUAAAAUAAGUGUUUUUUUUUAAGUAAUAAUUGAUAAGGUGUAGACAUGCAGCCUCUGCCUCUCGCAUGUUUCCUGUCUCUAAUACGUCCCCCGGGCGUGCAGUUCGAGACGGCGCUGCUGCAGUCGUACGCACUGGACAAGAACAAGUGCCCCUUCGUGUUGGACGGUCAUGACAUCGACUUCCUGCUUUACACGAGAAACAACCCCCUCGUCCCGCAGACGCUGCUGGUGGGCGACGACGAGCGGCUGUUCGCCUCCAACAUGGACUUCAACGACCCCACAGUCUUCCUCUUCCAUGGCUUCAUGGAGACGCCCGAUGACGGCAGCCCGCUGCUUAUUAGGGAAGCGUACAUGUACCGCGGCGACACGAACGUGAUCACGGUGGACUCGUCGCGGCUGGAGGCGGGUCCGUGGUACUUCACCGCCGCCGACAACACCUGGUACAUCGGCAACUUCGCCGCGCGCUUGGUCGACUACCUCGUCUCCAGAGGACUGAAAUUAUCCAACACCCACUUCGUCGGGCACAGUCUCGGUGCGCAGAGCGCCGGCGUCGCUGGAAGCGCCCUCACAUCCGGGCGAGUCGCUCGCAUCACGGGUCUGGACCCGGCGUGGCCGGUGUUCUGCAAGCUGCCGCCGCCGCAGAGGCUGGACGAGACCGACGCCGAGUUUGUCGACGUGAUACACGCUGAUGCCGGGAUAUUCGGUUUCAAAUACGCGGUGGGUCACGUUGACUUCUGGCCGAACGGCGGGCGGAGUCCACAGCCGGGCUGCGAGCUCAGCCACACGCUGCCCAAACAGCUGCUGCUUAACAACUGUGGAAACACAAAACACUGCUACAACGUCUACCUAAGAGACCAUACGCAAGAUGAGAAAAACACGAGACAAACAGUUGACAUCGCAAGUUAUUUAAUCUCACGAAACAAGAUGACACUUGCAAAUAAAAUAAACCCAGCAAAGAAAUUCGGUGCAGUCACUGCAGACAAACACACGCAUAAAAAAAGAAAAACCUUCCAAUACAAACAGCAACAAUCCAAAAUCGAAAAUUCAAAUUCAGAACACCACCGACAACGGAGGUUCGUUCCAUUUUUCAAAUCGGAGGCGACGGAGAACGAGAACUUCUUAUUUCGAAUUUUGGAAUUCCUCAUGAAGCAUCGUAAAAAUGUAAUUCCCAUCGUGACUGUCGUGCGAGAGAUCAAUACUCUGGUUAAAUCCAGCAACGGGGAGCUGAACCAUUUUGUGAAGGAGAGGAACAACUACAUCGGCACACCGCCGCCCUUCCAGCCGGUCACUUACACCUUGGAACUGGACAACAACUCCAAGUGGAAGACUUUUGUGAAGAAGCUGUUCGGGCUACGGCAGGGCGACAACCUGUCCAUCACCAGUAGCAGGAAGUAGACUCGACAUAAGUAGAAGAUUAGACUAAUUUGAACGCGCGAGGCAACUACUUCCUGAUGACUCACCGUAAGUCUCCGUUCUCGAUAGAAACAUUGCCACAACACUAAUUUUAUUGUAGCUUUAAAUUUCGUUAUAUUUUAAUUAAUAUAACUUUUAGAACGUA